UAACACCUGCAAAAUUUCCCAAAUUCCAUUAUCCUUUAACGGCGCCACGUUUUCACGUCCGUCUCCGUUUCCGUCAGCUGACGCCGUCCAUGGCCGCUUGUGACGACGACUUUUCCCUCCUCGACGACCCCCAAAACCCUAACUCUGCCCCGCCCUCCACCGCCACCGCCUCCCCAUACCAGAUCCACCCGUACGAACACGAUUCCGACCCUUUCGAUUCCGAUCCGAACUCGCUAUCGACCAAGCGCCUCACCGAUCGAGAUGACAUCCACAGCGGCACCUCCAAAAGGACCAGAUUGCCCUCCUCCGCCAGUGCUGGCGGAGACUACCGCAAGGACAGGGAGGAGUGGAGCGACACGGCGAUCUCGUGCCUGCUUGAGGCGUACAGCGAGAAAUUCGUGCAGCUGAACCGGGGCAAUCUGAGGGGCCGGGAUUGGGAGGAGGUGGCAGCCAUGGUCAGCGAGAGGUGCGAGAAUCAGUCCAAGAGCGUGGAGCAGUGUAAGAACAAGGUCGAUAACUUGAAGAAGCGGUAUAAGCUUGAGAGGCACCGGCUGAGCAACGGCGGCGUGUUGACCAGCCACUGGCCGUGGUUUAAACAGAUGGAGCAAAUCGUCGGCAAUUGUAUCGCUGCCAAAGCUGCCGUCGAGGAGGAGAAAUCGUCUGGCGCCGGAGGGGUGUCGUACUCGACUAGGCAGACCAAGAGACUAGGAACAAUAGUCAAUUGUUCUGGUAGUCAGAUUAACAGCAUGAAGUCGAAACCAUCAAAUAACCUCAGAUGGAGGAGAGUCGUGUUGAAAAUUAGUGGAGCUGCUCUAGCUGGAAGUGCUCCUAACAAUAUUGAACCGAAGGUGGCCAUGCUGAUUGCAACAGAAGUUUCAAUAGCAUGCCAUGUUGGUGUUCAGGUAGCUAUAGUAGUUGGUGGUCGCAACUUCUUUUGUGGGGACGCAUGGGUUGAGCAAACUGGCUUGGAUAGGUGUACUGCAUAUCAGAUUGGAAUGAUGGCAACUGUGAUGAAUUCCAUACUACUGCAGUCUGCUCUGGAGAAACUGGGCGUGCAGACGCGCGUACAGAGUGCAUUUUCUAUGCCAGAGGUUGCUGAGCCUUACAGUAGGCAACGGGCAAUUCGGCAUCUUGAAAAAGGAAGAGUUGUAAUUUUUGGUGGUAUUGGCGCUGGCACAGGGAAUCCUCUCUUCUCCACAGAUACAGCUGCAGCGCUUCGAGCAUCAGAGAUUCACGCUGAUGCAGUCCUGAAAGGUACAAACAUGGAAGGUGUAUAUGUUUGCGAUGCUAGAAAUAAUAGCAUAGCGGCAGAGCAUAUUUCCUUCAGGGAAUUGGCUUCGAGGGGGGCGUCUCCAAUGGACAUGAUGGCUGUGACAUUCUGCGAGGAAAAUGGGAUCCCAGUUGGCAUCUUCAAUCUUCACGAGCCUGGAAAUAUUUCGAGGGCGUUAUGUGGGGAAAGGGUUGGUACUCUAAUAGAUCAAACAGGUCCAGUUACUUAACAUUACGUGCUAUAUGUUGAAUGUGGCUUCAAUUCAGUAUAGGCACAUUAAUAAUUUAACUUCUUGUUGUAUGUUUAGUUGGUAAGGUUUAUCAAUGCUACUCUAAUUAGCCUAAAAGAUGAUGUAGUAGUUGUUUGUGCAAUAGUGUAGAAUGCCGUCUGUAUUUAUAUGGCUUUGAUUGAGCCCCCUUUAGGUUAUACCUUGAAUUAUUUUUUCUUA